GUAAAUACUCGUAUUUACUUGUAUCGGAACAUCCCUAAGCUCUAGUAGCACAUCAAAACAUACUCUUCCUGGAUGAAGUCAUUUCUGCAGUAGUUUUCUUCAGUUUUAUUCAUUCAGGAUUAGCCCAGAAAAAUGCCGCUUUAUGAAACAGUAAUGCAGGAGAAACCACCUGUAGUUCUAGACAUCGGAACUGCAUAUACCAAGCUGGGUUUUGCUGCAGAGGCUUAUCCACGUAAGAUCAUACGGACAGAGGUCAUACUCUCCAGUAGUGGCCAAACAAAAGCUUUAUUAGAAUAUGCUAGCACAAGUGAUUUAUACGAUCAAUUUGUUGAUUACUUGCAAAUGAUUUUCUUCAAGCACUUGCUUGUUAUACCAAAAGAGCGGAAGAUAGUGAUUGUCGAGAAUGUGCUGGGACAAACAUUAAUACGUGAAACUCUCGCGCGUGUUUUGUUUCGCCAUUUUGAGGUGUCAUCUAUUAUGUACGUGCCUUCGCAUAUGAUUGCACUGGCCACACUCGCUGUACCUACCGGCGUUGUGGUUGACAUCGGCUAUUCUGAAACGACUGUGAUGCCAGUUUACUGCCGCGUUCAAAUCCUACAAGCAUUCCAAGAUCAAGCUUACGGAGGACGCGCUAUACAUGCAGAAAUCAAACGACAGCUUUUGGAAGCAGGUGUGAAAGAAAAAUAUCUUACUGAGUCUGUAUUAGAAGAUAUAAAGGUGCGUACCUGCUUCGUAACGAAUUUCAAACGAGCCAAGGCCUACCGCAGCAGUCAAACACCAGAGCCACCUCCCAGCGUGGAAUACCCGAUCAACGGCGAAGAGAUUAUCAGUAUACCAGGGCGACUUCGUGAAACGGCUUAUGAAAUAAUGUUUGAAGAGAAUAAUGAUCGUGAUAGUCUACCACAUUUGAUAUUGCGCGCGAUACUUAGUUGUCCAAUGGAUGUUCGACGCUCAUUAAUCGAAAGUAUUUUUGUGGUAGGAGGUGGCGCUAUUAUUAUGGGAUUGCUGUCACGUCUAAGAGCCGAAAUGCAGUAUUUAGCAGAAAAGGAUGAAGAAUACAAUAAGAAACUAUGUGGCGAUAUCAAAUUUAAAUUUCAUAAAACAAUCGGGAGAGAAAACUUUACAGCCUGGCUGGGCGGCUCGCUUUGCGGCGGUACUGAUCUCAUACAAACGCAUUCGCUUACCAAGGAAGCAUACGUGAAGAGUGAUCGCGUACCAGACUGGAUUAGCUUAGCAGAUAAACGUUCGACAGGAUCAUAAGCCAAAGUAAAACAGUUGAAUUUCUAACGUUCUACAAUCCGUACUCGCAUACUAAAUUAGGCAUACAUCAUUAUUUAAUAGAACACAUCGCACAUCUUCAAAAGAGGCACAACUGAAAAAUCAGAUCCGAAAAUAUAACCAUUAUACAAAAACAAGUACAACAGUAGUUUUAUAGUUAGAGAAUAUCGAGCCCUAACGCCCAAAAUAACGUAAGCAACAUUUUUUUCAAAAUUUCAGAAAUAUUCCUAGAGCAUAUAGAUGCAUUUCUGC